AUGGCACUGUCUAUACCCAGCACCGUCUCUGCUCCCACAGAAAGAAACUUCACUAUUGACGAUCUUGCUCUCAGCAGCCAUUCCAUAGCCUCUUAUUUCCCAACAUUUAUGCCCCCUAACCACUACCUGGGCAUCCUGACCAGUCCCCAUGACAUGUUCAAUCCUCUAAAAUCGUUGGGGAGACUGGUCACCAAGUCUUCACAUUUGGGACACAUAAACUACAGGAACUUUCCCUCCUACCUGAAUCAGAACUGUCCCCCCACAGACCCCGUCUUCAACCCCCUGCCCACAUCUUACCCUAUCUACGGUAAAGUCCAGUCUGCUCUGUGCACCAAAGAAGACACCCGUGCUAAUGGACAACCGCUGGGACCACGACUCACCCCAGUCAGCCCCAAAUCCAAGAGGAGCAAAGGUUCCUCUCUGAAUACAGCAAGCCUAGAGGUGGCAUCUAGCAGGACAUACCACUUCACAGAAGAUGACCUACACACUGUACUCUAUGGGUACACUUAUGGGCCAGAGAUGAAGCGCCCCCAUCAGGCCACCCCCCAGGCAAUCUCUGGGAUCAGGAUCCCAGAUAACACUACGGCAGGUAUGGAUGCCCAAAUGCUGGACAGAGACGCCCUGCAGCUGCCCGAAGGAUUAGCGGUUCUGAAAACGAAAUAUGCAGAGUUACCCAAAUCAGGGGUCUUCAGCACCAACAUCAUCACCAAAGGGGUGAAAUUCGGUCCGUUUCAAGGAAAAGUGGUUAAUACAAGCGAAAUAAAGACCUACGAUGACAACUCUUUAAUGUGGGAGAUCUUUGAGGAGGGCAGGCUCAGCCACUUCAUAGAUGGGAAAGGGGCGGCUGGUAAUUGGAUGGCACUGGUGAAUUGCGCCAGGUUCCCGGAGGAGCAGAACCUGAUCGCGGUGCAGUGUGAGGGGGAGAUUUACUAUGAGACCUGUAAGGAGAUUCUCCCUAGGCAGGAGCUGCUGGUUUGGUACGGAGACUGCUACCUGCAAUUCUUGGGUAUCCCGGUCAGCCUGAAAGGCAUGGAGGAGGGCAAACCUCCCUUCCAGCAACCUGAAGACUCUGCAGAAGGCUACAAGUGUGAGAGAUGCGGGAAAGUGUUCGCCUACAAAUAUUACCGGGACAAGCAUCUCAAGUACACCCGCUGUGUGGACCAGGGAGACAGAAAAUUCCCCUGUCACCUGUGCAAGAGGUCGUUUGAGAAGAGGGACAGACUGAGGAUCCACAUUUUACAUGUCCAUGAGAAGCACAGACCACACAAAUGCACAGUUUGUGGGAAGAGUUUCUCUCAGUCGUCCAGUCUAAACAAGCACAUGAGAGUUCAUUCUGGGGAGAGACCUUACAAGUGUGUGUAUUGCAACAAGGCAUUCACAGCAUCCAGUAUCCUCCGCACCCAUAUUCGACAGCAUUCGGGUGAGAAGCCCUUCAAGUGCAAGCACUGCGGCAAGGCCUUUGCUUCCCAUGCGGCCCACGACAGCCACGUGCGUCGCACCCACAUGAAGGAAAAGGGCUUCCCCUGCACAAUGUGUGGACAGACCUUCCUGGAGUUGGAGGAGCUCCGAUAUCACAUGCAGAUUCACUCGUCUCUCUAG